AUGGCUGGUCCAAGAAUUGCGUGCAUCGGAGUGAUCGGGAAAAUUGACAACCCCCUACACAUAUCUCUAUUUCCCCCAUAUACGGACGCGACGAUCGAAUUUUCUUUUCUCUUGAACUCAUGCCUUGACAUAUUUGAGAUCCGACGCAAACAAACCUCCAUUGAUCAGGAUUUGGGUCUACUCCAUGCCAUUGACGAGAGAUUAGCGGCUUAUGGCUGGCUCACUACGACAGGAGUGAAGCUUUUGAUCAUUGUGGACCUUUUCGGCCCGGACAUGGCCGCUCAUGGAAAGCCGACGGGAGCUGCAGUCAGUGGAUUGAGAGAUUCGGAUCUAAAGCCGGCAUUUCGAGCCCUGCAAAGCGCGUAUAUUCAACUUCUGCAGAAUCCAUUCUAUUCACCAGAUGAUCAUAUCUCAACGCAUGGAAUGGCAGCAGGUUCUGCGUCUGGCUGCCAGCCCAUAUCCAAUCCGCGAUUCAUAGCUGACGUUCGGCGCAUUGGCGAGGCAUGGACAACCGGCAAUGCAGGGUAG